AUGGAAGGUUGCGAGCACCUGCUCGGCUGCUCCACUCCCUUCGUCAACGCCCAUACAGCGGCGGGGUGGGAGGCUUCUUCUACAGCUUUCCAGACUCCAGCGAGCCCGAUGCGCUUCGCCGUCACUUCUGCGGCAGCUCAACGCUCCUCGUACGUGGAGCUGGAAGAAGGAGUAGAAGAAGCAGAGCUCAAUGAUGGUGGUAAUAAGGAUUUCACGGCGAGAGCAGAGGGCGAGAUUUGA